AUGUUCAGAUGUGAUCUUCGUUUAGACGAAGUAGAUGAAAAUUUAGAACAUAUAACAGUUAUAUGUUUAGAUAAAAAUAUUAAUGAUAAAAGUGUUGCUUCAAUACAUAUACAAGAAUCAUUAAUUGAAUUGAAUAAUUAUGUUCUAUUCUAUACUGAUGUUCAAUUAUGUAUAGAUUAUAUACGAUCGAUUAAAGAUGAAAAAAUAUUAUUAAUUGUUUCUGGUUCAUUUUCACGAAAAAUUCUUCCCUGUAUUCAUUCUCUAUCAACUAUUCAUUCUAUAUAUUUAUUUUGUGCUAAUCGUCAUUAUCAUACAAACCUUUUGGAUGAAUAUACAAAAAUUAUUGAAAUACAUAAUGAUGAGAAACCUUUAGUUGAAUCAAUUAAAAUAACACUUAGUUUAAUGUCAAAACAAUCAUUAGCAUUUAGUAUAUUUGAUCAGCAACAACAUGAUUUAUCUCAAUAUUCACCCGAAUUUCUUUGGUAUCAAUUAUUAAUGGAUAUUUUAAAACAAUUACCUGAAAAUAAAUAUUCUAAAACAGAAAUACUUGAUACAUGUAGUGAUUAUUAUAGAUUAAAUGAUUUAAUGUUGGAAAAAAUUGAUCAAUUCAAGAAAACAUAUACACCUGAUAAAGCUAUCGAAUGGUAUAGACCUGAUUCAUUUGUAUAUCAAUUAGUUACCAAAGCUAUAAGAACAAAAAAUGUUGACAUAUUAUAUUUAUUACGUUUUUAUUUAGUUGAUUUAGAAGCACAACUUUUACAAGAACACAAACACAAAAAUGCAAGAACCAUAUUAAAAUGUUUUUAUGGUAGUUUGUUAAAUGCACAAGAAUUAAUAAAUAUAAAAAAUGCUGUUGGUCAAUUGAUAUCUAUAAAUGAGUUUUUUUUUGCAACAAAAACCAUAAACGGUGCAUUAGACUCUAUUCCAAAUAAUAAAAAUCAUUUAGAAAAAUAUGUAUUAGAAAUUAAAUUAUAUCCUCGUUUAAAAACAGUUAUUUUUGCAUUUACUGACGAUGAAAUAUUAUUUGGUAUUGGAGGUGUAUUCAAAGUUGAACAUUUUGAAUAUAAUCAAGAAAUAAAAGCAUGGAAUAUUCAAUUAGCAGCAACAGAUAGCCUAGCUACGACUGUAAAAGACUAUUUAUACUAUACACGACAAGAAAUGGAAGAUUAUAGUUCAACAAUUAUAUUUGGACGUCUAUUACUAAAUGAACUUAAUGAAUUUAAUAAGGGUAAAAAUUUUUUCAGUUUAUUAAAGAGAACAUUACCAGAUAUUCACGAGGAUAUUCCAGCUGUUUGGAAUAAUAUAGCAAUUAUCGAAGAAAGAAAUGAAAAUUUUGAUUUAGCUUUACAACAUUAUAAACAAACUUAUGAUUUAAGACGAAAUCGUUUACUACCCAAUCAUCCACUUAUCGCUCAUUCAUUGCAUAAUAUCGGUAUUAUUUAUUAUAAAAUACAUGAAUAUGAACAAGCUUUAGUUUCUUAUAUGAAAGCUCUUGAGAUUUACCGGUUAAAUUAUCCCAAUGAUCAUGUUGAUAAAGCACAGUUAUUAGAUGCUAUUGGUUUACUUUAUGGAGUAAUGGAUGAAUAUGAUCUAGCAAUUGAUUAUUUGAUAAAAGCACAAGAUAUGUUUGAAAAAACAGAACAUUAUCAACAACAAACAUCAAGUUUAGCAAAAAUUGGUAUAAUCUAUGAAGAGAAUAAAGAUUAUGAUCGUGCACUCAAUUAUUAUCGUCAACAAUAUGAAUUGAAUGAAAAAUAUAUACCAACUAAUAAUCAAGAAUUGAUAACAAAUUUUAACUGGAUAAUUGAUGUAUAUAAGAAAAACGAUGAUUAUGAUAGUGCUUUGGACUAUUGUCGAGAAAAUUUAACUAAUAUUCCAGAAGGUAAUCAUUUACGGUCUGGUCAUAUACUUAAGGCAAUAGCCCAUCUAUUAUUGAUUAAAGACGAGCGUGAACAAGCAUGGCAAUAUUAUCAAAAAGCUUUAGUUAGUUUUGAAAAAUGUCAUCCAUCUGAGAAUUUAGCUAUGAUUGAUUGUUUGAAAAUGUUAAGUGCAUUUUAUGCUGAUGAAUGUCAAUUCGAUCAAGCUUUAGCUAAGAGAAAAAAAUUGUUAAAUUUACAAAAACAAAUAUAUCCAUUGUCGUUAGAUUUAGCUUUUUCUUAUAGAUUUAUAGGAGAAAUUUAUUUUGAAAUGAAAAUGUAUACUGAUGCACUCUAUUAUUUCACAAAAGCAUUAAAGCUUUACGAAACAUUUGACGAACAGCAAGAUACUAUUGGUGAAAUUCAAAUUAAUAUUGCUUACCUUACUAGACAACAAACAAGUCAAGGUAGUUUUGAAGAUCUAUCGUCUACAGAAUUGAUUAUUGCUCAAUCAUCGGAUGAAGGAAUCAGUGGUCAUCAUCUUAAAAAUUUAACAAAAUCAAAACAUAAACAAUUUUUUAAAAAAUUUUUUUAUAAAUAA